GCAGGAUUGAACUUUAAAAGCCAAAUACUCUCCCAAUGUCAUCAGCAACACUUUUAUGUUUAGCCGCAUUGAAGUUUUUAACUAUGCUGCUUGUAUUGUGUACUUACCCAUUUUUGAACUUUUAAUGUAUUGUGGGGUCGUGAGGAUGUGAUAUUAAUAACGAUUUUCAUAGAUAAAAUGCCGAAUAGCUUUGUAUACUUCGACAUAGAGAAAGAUGGAAAGCCCAUUGGCAGACUACUCAUGGAAUUAUAUGGCGAUGUAGUUCCUAAAACAACAGAAAACUUUCGGGCCCUCUGCACGGGAGAAAAAGGAUAUGGUUAUAAAGGUUCUUCUUUUCAUCGGAUCAUUCCUAACUUCAUGUGUCAAGGAGGUGACUUCACUAGUGGAGACGGAACUGGUGGUCGAUCCAUCUUUGGUGAAAAAUUUGACGAUGAAAACUUCACACUGAAGCAUACAGGUGUUGGACAAUUGAGUAUGGCAAACUCAGGACCUAACACUAAUGGGUCUCAAUUUUUUGUAACUACUGUUAAGACAACCUGGUUAGACAAAAAGCAUGUUGUCUUUGGGAAAGUAAUAGAAGGACUAGACACUCUGAAAUUGAUGGAAGAUUGUGGCACAUCAGGUGGAAAGGUCUCAGCUGAUGUAAGGAUUGCUAAUAGUGGUCAAAUUAUACAGUGAUGGUGAUGAAUCUUGCUGAUUGGCAUUAAUUAAUGAUGUGAUGUUUGAUAGUGAUUCGUUUUUUUAUCAGAUACUUUAUCUGGCCAGCCAUUUCUUAUAUUAUUGAAUUCAUUAACAAUAUUCUUUGGCAAAUGAUGACCUAGUUUUAUUUAUUUUAUUAAUUGA